AUGCUCGCCCACCUGUUCGGCCUUGCGGCCGCUGGGGCACUCGUCGCUGCCCGCCCAGACGUCGAGCCAAGAGACGCCGCGCUCGGCUGCCCCAACCUCUACACCUUCCCCACUGCGAGUGACAACGUCGAGCUCUCCCCCAAGCCAGUGACCUUCACUUGGGACACUUCGUGCAAAGUCGGCACAGACAAGGUCGACCUGUUCCUCUACAUCGCCGAGGCGAACAAGCUCGUCAAGGCGUACCAGGGCAUCGCGUUCUCGGACGGCAAGUAUGAAGCGCAGCUUAUGCCUGCGUGGUGGAACAACACCGAGUCGACCACCAUGUACGUCAACCUCCUCAAGAACGGCGGCAUGGCCUGGGACACAACGUGGGCACGCGGCCCAGACUUCAAGGUCACAUACGACAAGAGCAAGUUUUUCUCGCUCACGACGAGCAACGGCGUCGUCAUGACGCUCACUGCGGGCGCUCCGUCGACGUCAAGUGACACCGUUUUCGAAUCCGUCAGCCAAUCGGACGGCCACAAGGUCUCCAAGGCAGUCAUUGCUGUCGCUGUCAUUAUUCCAAUUGUCAUUAUCUGUAUCCUGGGCGCAGUGUGGUUCUUCUUCUACCGCCAGCGCGAGAAGAAGAAGCUGCAGCGCUGGUCGCAAGCGCUCAGCCAGGCUUCUAACAUGGAGUGGGAGAAGGGUGCGCUCCCAGGCGAGCGCAACUCGUCUUACGGUCGCCCGAGCUCCCACUUUUCUCGCUCUGGUCGCCCGAGCACUCACUACUCGACGACUAGCGGCCGGCAGAGUAUGGCGUUUGGACGCCCUAGCAUGUCGAGCACUGGCCGUCCCACGUCGUCUGUAAUGCUCGACAACAUGGCUGGCGCUGGAGCUGGCAUGCGCGCCAUGUUCCCCGCCCACGGCGAGUACGGAGAUGGUCCGACGCGCUCCUCGAUCGUCCUGGCCGACGGCACGACGCGCCAGUCGCGUAUCUCUUUUGCCGACCAGCCGCGGCCCUCGCUCGACGUCCUCCGCCAGCACAUUCCCUCGGGCCUCUCGCAUGCCGACUCGUACAACAGCUCGGCUGUCGAGGACUCACCGAAGCGCGGCUCUCCUCCUGUUGACCCAUUCGCUACUCGUUCUUCGUUGGACGCAUUACGCGACACCGAGGCAGCCGUGUUAUACCGCAUGGAGGCAGCACCGGAGGCCGAGGCAGUCGAGGCCCUUGAGCAUGAGCACGAUCAGCGGCAUUCAGUUCAGGCCCCUGCCAAGUCUCCUUCGCAACCGGCAGUUGCUUAUGGCCCUGACCAGAUGUUGGCCGUCUAUGCCCAGCGCGGCAAGGUCAACGCGUCGCCGGUCAACACGCCUACCCCUCCCCCGCCGGCCGCCAAGGCGCGCCCGAGUGCGAUGAAGCGCCUUAUGAGCUUCAAGGACUUGAGCAACGGACGGCGCACCCCGACAGGUCGCAAGACGCCCAGUGGACGCGAUACUCCGGAGCUGCCGCGUGGUGCGACUCCCGACCUGGCCCGCGGGCCUUCGCCCGACCCAGAGAGCGUGCCAAUGCGUUCGCUCGUGCACCUCAACAACGGCGUCAUGUCUAAGGAAGCCGUCGACGCCAUGCCUCGGCCUGGGCCAGGUGAGAUGCGCUCCAUGGUGCACCAGCACACAGGCGUGUUAGCCAGGGAGAAGGUGGACGCUAUGCCCAAGCCUGGCCCGCCUGAAUCGCACGAGGAUGCCUACGAACGGCACUAG